UUCAAUUUCAGAUUCAGAGUUUUGUGUCGAAGCAGAAGAUCUGCUCUAAGACAAAAAGACGCUGCGUGUUUGCAAAUAUGCACCGAUUGGAAAUCUGCUUUAUCAAGUGACACGUUUUGCACCGAGUUGUUCUCAGCGGUGAACCAACAUGGGUACUGGUGCUGCUAUUGCUCUGGUGUUUGUCGGAUGCUGUUGCAAUGUGGUGUCUCUCGAGCUGCUUGUAAGACAGUUUCCAGGAUGUGGCAACAUAGUCACCUUCGCUCAGUUUUUAUUCAUCGCAUUAGAAGGUUUCAUCUUCGAAACACACUUUGGGAGGAAGAAACCAGCGAUCCCUGUAAGGAACUAUGUGGUUAUGGUGACCAUGUUCUUCACAGUCAGUGUGAUCAACAACUACGCUCUGAACUUCAACAUCGCCAUGCCGUUACACAUGAUCUUCAGAUCGGGAUCGCUGAUCGCGAACAUGAUUCUGGGAAUAAUCAUCCUGAAGAAAAGGUAUUCAGCGAGUAAAUAUCUGUCUAUAGCUUUAGUUUCAGCCGGUAUCUUCAUCUGCACCAUCAUGUCUGCCAAACAAGUGAAUGUGACCAAUGAGGGAUCAGAAGAGCAAAACAUUCAUGCCUUCAUGCGCUGGCUUGUAGGUAUUGGCAUGCUGACCUUCGCUCUGCUGAUGUCUGCGAGGAUGGGCAUCUUCCAGGAAACGCUGUACAAGCAGUACGGAAAACACUCCAAGGAAGCUCUCUUCUAUAAUCACUGCCUGCCUCUGCCGGGCUUCCUGCUUCUCUCCACAAACAUCUACAACCACUGUGUCUACUUCAGUCAGAGCACUCCUACAGUUGUUCCUGUGGUUGGAGUCACUGUGCCGCUAAUGUGGCUCUACCUGCUGAUCAACGUCGUCACACAGUACGUGUGCAUUCGCGGUGUUUUCAUUCUCACCACAGAGUGCGCCUCGCUGACCGUCACUCUGGUGGUGACCCUGAGGAAGUUCCUCAGCCUCAUCUUCUCCAUCAUGUACUUCCAAAACCCCUUCACCGAGUGGCACUGGGUGGGCACAGGGGUGGUCUUCCUGGGCACUCUGCUGUACACGGAGGUGUGGAGCAGCGUGCGGGCGGCUCUGCGUGGACCCGAUGUCAAGGAGAAGAAGGCAGAUUAAAGAGACAGAAGAAGAAGAAGAAGAAGAAAGGACUG